AUGUUGUCUGGUGAGAUGCCAAAACAAAUAUCAUCUCAACUGGAAAAUCUUGAUCUUUCUGAGAAUCACUUGAACGGUUCGAUACCAGAAGAUAUUGGAAACUUGAAAAAUCUUGUGAAAUUGGAUCUGUCACAUAAUUCUCUCAGUGGUUCAAUUACAAGCAAGUUGUUUCAGUUGCAUGAUUUGCGUCACCUGUCGCUAAGUUCCAACUACUUGUCCAGUGUGAUACCUGAUGAAAUGGACAUGUUUAGUUUGUAUGAUAUGGAUCUUUCACAUAACCAAUUGACUGGUUCUAUACCAAAGCGAUUUAGGGAUUUACCUGGACUGGAUUCUAUGGAUUUGUCUUUUAAUCAGUUAUCAGGAGACAUUUCAAAAAGAAUAGAACGUCUUAGGCCUAGAAAUACUUUUAAGGCUUUGUUCCAACAAAUUCUCAGGAAGAAUUUCUACUGAAUUUGUAAAGUUGACAUACGAAGAGAAUUGCUUUGACGAGUCCAAUCUUUGUUCUACUUCCAACAACUUAUACAUCCCCGGCCUACCAAGCUGCUCCUCUGGUGAUGAGGUUCGAAAAUCUACCAAAACACUUGAUUAUCAUUAUUCCUGUUGUAGGAGUUGGAGUAGCUGUACUGUUAUCAUGGAUCUUUCACAGAACUAGAAAGCA